GAUUAGACGCAUAGGAAUGAGAAGCGAGAGUAGGCCAGCCUGUCGUAUGGAGUAGCCUAACUAUGAAAGAGGAACACGUACAAGUCAGGCAGUUCAAAACAGUAUCGUUUUCAGGUUCAUAAGCGCGCAUGGCCGAACCACAGACAACUAUGCAGUAGCCAAAAUUAACUAUUUAGUCACGCUCGGACUCUGGCGCUGUGUCACAUCCACUGACCGGUCAGUGGUCCCGUCCCACCGUAUCGGUUACUGAUACAGACAGAAGCGGAGAUCGGCUCGCGCUUGUCAUUAACCCUGUGUCAACUGUCGGUGUCAACUUGUCGUAGCCUACGUUAAACAACGUAUCAUGGAUCGCAACAGCCUAAACAGUGAUUUACUGCUAACAACAGACAAUCAAGGCCGUGUCCACUACUGGAGAAAUAUUUGUGGUUUCUGGUGUCUCGGCUUGUGCAACAACUUCGCCUACGUUGUGAUGUUGAGCGCAGCGCACGACAUUCUGAAGCAGCAAGAACACAACAACACGCUUCCGACUCCGCCCACAGUCAUCCAUCCUUUCCAGUCUCAUCACAUAAUCAGCAACAGCAGCAGCAGCAGUGGCCGCUACGACUGUAACCCCACAUCCACCGCGGCUGUUCUACUGGCUGAUAUCCUCCCUACUCUUUUCAUCAAGCUCUCCGCGCCCUUCUUCAUUCAUGCAGUGCCUUAUGGGUUGCGAGUGUUGGUGUGUAUCGCCACGGCAGCAGCCAGCUUCCUGGUGGUGUCCUUCUCCACGUGUGUGUGGAUGAGCAUUCUGGGGGUGAUCUUUGCUAGUGUGAGCUCAGGACUCGGGGAACUGUCUUUCCUGGCAUUGACAGUCUACUUUGACAGGGCGGUGUUGAGUGGAUGGGGCUCGGGGACUGGGGGUGCAGGAGUGGGUGGAGCUUUGCUGUACUCUGCACUGACACAGUCCGGCCUGACGCCCCAAAACACACUGCUGACCAUGCUGAUAGUGCCCGCCAUGAUGGCCCUCAGCUACUACUUCCUGCUGGUGUUUCCGCCAUCAUUCCCCCAGUGGUGCAAAGGGGAGGCGGAGCCAUCCGUGUUUGUGGGAGGAGCCUCUCAAGGGUACCGCCCCCUGGAGGAGGAUGAUGAGCAGGAGGCGCAGGAGACGAGCGAAGGCACAGAGUUGGAGAAAACAGGAGCCGUCAGCUUCACAGAGAAACUCAUCAUCCUCAAGGGUCUGAUGCGGUUCAUAGUGCCUCUAGCGGUGGUCUACUUUGCUGAGUACUUCAUCAAUCAGGGGCUGAUGGAGCUGUUGUACUUCCCAGACAUCUUCCUCUCCCAUGCUGAACAGUAUCGAUGGUAUCAGACUCUAUACCAGAUUGGUGUGUUGGUCUCCCGAUCCUCUCUCUGCUGCCUGAAGAUCCGCUGCAUCGAGGUCCUCUCUGUACUACAGUGUGUGAAUGCAGUGCUGCUGACCCUGGCGGUGUAUUACCAGUUCCUGCCGAGUGUGUGGAUCGUCCUCGUCAUCGUCCUGUAUGAAGGUCUGCUGGGCGGAGCAGCCUACGUCAACACCUUCUACUUCAUCAGCAAAGAGGCGGGUGAUCGGGAGCGUGAGUUCUCCAUGGCUGCUGCCAGCGUCGGGGACAGUUUUGGUAUCGCCCUCUCUGGAGCCACAGCUAUGCCCCUACACCACUACUUCUGUUCCCUCUAACACACACACACACACACACACACACACACACACACACACACACGGGGUUGUUUGCUGCUAAUUGACUAACCAGGACCAAAGGCUGCAGAGGGGAUGUUUUUAUUUGUGUUUACUCUUGUCUUUAUUUUUAUAUUUGUAUUUUUAUUUACUCAAAGUCUUUUAUUUGUAUGUAUUUUUACCAUACUGACCCAGAGGCGAGUGUGUGUUUCUCCCCUCGAGUGUGUCGGGAUCUACACCUUUUUGGGGAUUCCUGUUUUACGAUAGUUACCUUACUGACGCAGUGUGUGUGUGUGUGUGUGUGUGUGAGAGUGUGAGAGAGUGUGCCAGAAACAACUGAUUUGAUCUGACAAUGAUUAUCUGAUCUGAUAUGCUGCUUUUAGGUGCUUUAUGUGCUUCUGUGUGUGUGUGUGUGUGUGCGUGUGCGUGUGCGUGUGCGCGCGUCUGUGCGUGUGUGUGUGUGUGUCUGUGCAUGUGUGAAUGCGCAUUAACGCCCAAGUGUGUUUCUAACCUGAGUGGCUUUUCACCUAGCAUGAUGUAUCUUAUUAAUACACACACACACACACACAUAACCUCCUAUGGUACAUAUUAUGGGGACUUACUUUUUAUAUCUUGAAAUGUCGAACAACCAGAGUUUUGGGCUUUGGAAUCAGAGAGUGAAAUAAACAACUCAAAUCAG